AGAUGAAAGACAUUGACAAACAUUAUGUAAAACCAAUUACAAAGUGUGAAAGUAGUACACAGACAGAUACACACUUAUUGCCACCAACAAUUGUGAGAUCAUAUGAAUGGAAUGAGUGGGAAUUAAGAAGAAAAGCUAUAAAAUUGACCAAUUUGCGUCAGAAAGCUACUCACUCUGUACAAACAGAUCUUAGUCACUUUAGAAGAGAAAACAGUUCACAAGUAUAUGCUUUAAAGACUGAUAGCACUCAGACUACAAAAGAAAGCUCCACCUGCGUUCCCAGGCCUCAAAUUUACAUAGCUGGCCUCCGAGGGGGACAUGGAAAAACCACCAAGGGGAUCAAAGUGAAUUUAACUAGAGCUGUUGAUGAAACCUAAACAGAGACCAUAACUCUAAAGUAGAUGUCACCGAAUUAUGAAAAUGGUAAUCAUUACAUUUUUUUCCCAUCCAUGAACAUUCAUUCAUUUUGUAAGGAUGGCAGAUGCAUUGGCUGUGUAAAUGCUUUUGGGAUUCUCACAUUCACUGUCAAAUUGCUAUAAAACACUGAAAAAUUUUUUUCUGUAAAACAGCUUUCAUCCUAUUAAAAUGUAAAAGUAAA